AUGUUAUUGUUGGAAUGGAAAAAGGAAGAAGAAGUAGAGGAAGAAACACAAAGUUUUAUUCUUAUUGGUAAAGCUUCCUCAGUACCUUACAACAUAAAAGAGAUUGUUCGCCAAAUCAAAGUUAAAGAAAGGCGAAGAAAAGCUAAGAUAGCUCGAGGAGAGAUUGUUGAUGAUGAUUCUGAUAUAGAAUUAUUUGGUGAUGAAGAAGAAGAUGAAGAUGAUAAUGACGAUGAUGACAAGUCUGAUAAGAAAGAUGAUAAAGACGACAAGAAGAAUGAUGAUGAUGAUCAAGGUUCGUCUGGGUUACUGAUUGAGAAUCCGAAUGUUCAACAAAGGAUUGAAGAGUUUCUGAAUGAUGAAAUCAAUGAACAGGAGGGUGAUCUACAUCAUGAAGCUUCUACAUUUGGGAAACAGCCCGAUGAUUAG